AUGCAUGCCCUAAGUUCCCUUCUUCUCCUAGGCGGCUAUGCUGCUCAGGCUGUCUUUGGCCGUCCGGAUCCCGAGGCGGCCCGUUUCAAGCGCAAGUCCGAUGUACUGAAGAGAGAUGUUGAUAGCUUCAUUGCUACCGAAGAGCCAAUCGCAUACGCACAAAUCCUGUGCAAUGUUGGUCCCAGCGGGUGUCACGCCUCUGGAGUUGGUUCCGGCCUCGUCCUCGCGUCUCCUUCCCAGUCUAAUCCUGAUUACUACUAUCAUUGGACAAGAGAUGCUGCUUUGACAUUCAAGGCUCUUAUUGACAGAUUUGUCGAGAACUAUGAUGCCGAUCUUCAAACCGAGAUUACCAACUACAUUACUGGGCAGGCUCAACUCCAGACAGUUUCGAACCCGUCUGGUUCUCUGUCAGAUGGCUCCGGCCUGGGUGAACCCAAGUUCAACACAGACUUCAGUGCAUUCACUGGGGCAUGGGGACGUCCGCAACGAGACGGCCCAGCACUUCGUGCCACUGCCCUAAUCACUUAUGGCAAGUGGCUUGUCAACAACGGAUACACGUCAACCGCUACCAGCGUCGUUUGGCCCAUCAUCCGUAACGAUCUCCACUAUGUUGCGCAGUACUGGAACCAGACCGGUUUUGACCUCUGGGAAGAAGUACAAGGAAGCUCUUUCUUCACCAUCGCCGCUCAGCACAGAGCUUUGGUCGAGGGCAGCAACUUUGCCGCUCUCGUGGGCGACUCUUGCUCCUACUGUGAUGCCAUUGCGCCGCAGAUUCUCUGCUUCCAGCAAUCCUUCUGGACAUCUGGCGGCUACAUCAACUCCAACAUCAAUGUUAACAAUGGCAGAACAGGCAAAGACGCCAAUUCUGUAUUGAGCUCCAACUCGGGUUUUGACCCCAGCCUCGGUUGUGAUGCCAAUUCAUUCCAGCCCUGCAGUGACAGAGCCCUGUCCAACCACAAGCUAUUUGUGGAUUCAUUCCGCUCCAUCUACACCAUCAACUCUGGAAAGGCCGCUGGAACAGCUGCUGCCUGUGGACGUUAUGCCGAGGACAGCUAUUACAAUGGCAACCCAUGGUAUUUGAACACCCUCGCUGCAGCCGAGCAACUCUACAAUGCCCUCUAUGUGUGGGACCAGCAAGGCUCGAUCACUGUUACCUCGGUCUCGCUCAACUUCUUCAAGGAUCUUUCCUCCUCGGUCGCUGCUGGCACCUAUGCUUCUGGCUCGAGCACUUACACGACUCUCUACAAUGCUGUCCUCGCAUAUGCCGAUGGCUUCGUCGACAAUGUUGCUACAUAUGCGAUGAGCAACGGGUCACUGGCGGAGCAAUAUGACCGAAACACGGGUGUUCCCUUGUCAGCCCGGGACUUGACUUGGUCGUAUGCCGCGCUCCUCACUGCCGCCGCCCGUCGUGCCGGCACCGUCCCGGGUAGCUGGGCCGAUUCUAACAAGCUCGCAACAUCGAUCCCAAGCUCUUGCUAUGCUACUUCCAUUGGUGGUAGCUAUUCUGCCGCCACUCCAGCUUCGUUCCCUGCUGGUCAAACACCCAGCGGCGGCUCUGGCACCACAACCGUUAAGCCCACGACCACUACCAAGACCACCACAUCUACGUCGACGACCACAACGGCGACAUCCUGUGCCACGGCGACCAAUAUCGCAGUCACUUUCAACGUCUUGAAGACAACCACCUAUGGAGACACCGUCAAGGUUGUUGGUAGCAUCUCGGCACUCGGCAGCUGGGCACCGGCUUCGGCCAUUGCUCUUUCGGCCUCUUCGUACACAUCGUCCAACCCGCUCUGGAAGGGUACUGUCACCCUCGCUGCCGGCCAGACCAUCUCGUACAAGUACAUUGUAGUCAGCAGCAGCGGAACCGUGACUUGGGAGUCUGACCCCAACCGCAGCUUGACCAUCACGGCCAGCUGUGCAGGCACGCAGACCGUGUCAGACACGUGGCGAUGA